AUGUCCAAAACAGUACUUGUAACGGGAGCUUCAAAGGGCAUUGGAAGAGCUAUUGUUGAAAAAUUACUCAGUGGUGACGCAGAUGUCAAAGUGAUCGGCAUCGCCCGAUCUUUGGACGAGUUAAGGGAAAUGCAAAUGGAAUUUGGUCCAAGAUUUGAAUACCUGUCUGCUGACGUCACAGAGGAGAAAGCAGUAAGCCAGUUUCUUGAAUCUAAGGUGCCUGCUGUAGAUGUCGUGAUAGCCAAUGCCGGUGUCUUGUCGCCUGUGCAGAGCGUGAAGGAAGCGGACGUCGCCCAAUGGAAACAGCUUUUCGAUGUUAACUUUUUUAGUGUGGUAUCGCUUGUAACGCAGUUGUUACCACGACUCAGAAGCUCCAAGCAUGGAGACGUAAUCUUUGUCAGUUCCGGUGCUAGCGUCAAGCCCUACUAUGCAUGGGGUGCCUACGGCGCAUCCAAGGCUGCUCUCAAUCAUUUUGCUAUGUCGCUAGCGUCAGAAGAAUCAAACGUCAGGGCAGUCGCGGUGGCUCCCGGUGUUGUAGACACUCAAAUGCAAAGUGAUAUUCGUAACACAUUUGGACCCGCAAGCAUGACGCCGGAGUCGCUGAAAAGAUUCACAGAUCUGCACGAAAAGGGCGAGCUUUUGAACGUCAGUAUUCCUGCAUCCGUUUAUGCUAAUCUUGCGCUGAAAGGCGUACCUGAAGGAAUCAACGGGCAAUAUUUGCGCUACAAUGAUGCCAGGCUGGCGGAUUUUAGUUAA